GCCUGGGGGCAGGGCCACGGGUUCCUGCAUCGGGCAUGAGCAGAACUAGGCGCGCCGCGGCACGGCAUGCGCAGGCGCACAGAGCUGCCCGGGGGUGCCAGUUCCUCUCCGCUUCCCGGCUUCUGUCACCUUCCUCACGGACCUUGGUCACGGCCGCAGGUGACCCCUUAGCCCAGCUCCAGUGGGCGGGUGGCAGGGUCAUGGAGGACGCUGGCGGCGGCGAGGAGACCCCGGCGCCGGAGGCCGCGCACCCCCCUCAGCUCGCGCCUCCGGAGGAGCAGGGGUUGCUCUUCCAGGAGGAAACCAUCGAUCUUGGCGGGGAUGAGUUUGGAUCCGAAGAGAACGAGACCGCAUCGGAAGGCUCGAGUCCUCUCGCGGACAAGCUGAACGAACACAUGAUGGAGAGCGUCCUCAUCUCAGACUCCCCCAACAGCGAGGGCGACGCGGGCGACCUGGGCCGAGUGCGGGACGAAGCUGAGCCCGGAGGGGAAGGCGACCCCGGCCCGGAACCCGCGGGCACCCCGAGUCCCAGCGGCGAGGCCGAUGGCGACUGUGCCCCCGAGGACGCCUCUGAGGACGCGGCACCCAGUAGCGGAGGGGCCCCGAGGCAGGACGCGGCCCGCGAGGUCCCAGGCAGCGAAGCCGCGCGCCCGGAGCGGGAGCCUCCCGUUGCGGAGCCGGUCCCGGUGUGCACCAUCUUCAGCCAGCGCGCGCCGCCAGCCUCCGGGGACGGCUUCGAGCCGCAGAUGGUGAAGUCGCCCAGCUUCGGUGGCGCCAGCGAGGCCUCGGCCAGGACACCGCCCCAGGUCGUGCAGCCCAGCCCCAGCCUCAGCACGUUCUUCGGAGACACGGCUGCCAGCCACUCCUUGGCCUCGGACUUCUUCGACUCCUUCACUACCUCCGCCUUCAUUUCCGUCAGCAACCCCGGCGCGGGCUCCCCGGCCCCCACCAGCCCGCCUCCCCUCGCUGUGCCCGGGACCGAGGGUCGUCCCGAACCCGUGGCCAUGCGAGGGCCCCGGGCAGCUGCACCCCCGGCGUCGCCAGAGCCUUUCGCGCACAUCCAGGCAGUGUUUGCAGGGAGUGACGACCCCUUUGCCACCGCCCUGAGCAUGAGCGAGAUGGACCGGAGGAACGACGCCUGGCUUCCCGGCGAGGCUACGCGUGGAGUCCUGCGGGCCGUGGCCACCCAGCAGCGCGGCGCCGUGUUCGUGGACAAGGAGAACCUCACCAUGCCGGGCCUCAGGUUCGACAACAUCCAGGGAGAUGCAGUUAAAGACUUGAUGCUUCGCUUUCUGGGUGAAAAAGCUGCAGCAAAGAGACAAGUCCUAAAUGCCGACUCAGUGGAACAAUCUUUUGUUGGAUUGAAACAGCUAAUCAGCUGCAGAAACUGGAGGGCAGCAGUGGACCUGUGCGGACGCCUCCUCACAGCCCACGGCCAGGGCUACGGCAAGAGCGGGCUGCCCACCAGCCACACGACAGAUUCACUGCAGCUCUGGUUUGUGAGGCUGGCACUACUAGUGAAGUUGGGCCUUUUCCAGAAUGCUGAGAUGGAAUUUGAACCCUUCGGAAAUCUUGAUCAGCCAGAUCUUUAUUACGAGUACUACCCGCACGUGUACCCUGGGCGCAGGGGCUCCAUGGUCCCCUUCUCGAUGCGCAUCUUGCACGCGGAGCUUCAGCAGUACCUGGGGAACCCACAGGAGUCGCUGGAUAGACUGCACAAGGUGAAGACUGUCUGCAGCAAGAUCCUGGCCAAUUUGGAGCAAGGCUUAGCAGAAGACGGCGGCAUGAGCGGCGUGACUCAGGAGGGCAGACAAGCCUCUAUCCGGCUGUGGAGGUCACGUCUGGGCCGGGUGAUGUACUCCAUGGCAAACUGUCUGCUCCUGAUGAAGGAUUAUGUGCUGGCCGUGGAGGCGUAUCAUUCGGUUAUCAAGUAUUACCCAGAGCAAGAGCCCCAGCUGCUCAGCGGCAUCGGCCGGAUUUCCCUGCAGAUUGGAGACAUAAAAACAGCUGAAAAGUAUUUUCAAGACGUUGAGAAAGUGACACAGAAAUUAGACGGACUACAGGGUAAAAUCAUGGUUUUGAUGAACAGCGCGUUCCUUCACCUCGGGCAGAAUAACUUUGCAGAAGCCCACAGGUUCUUCACAGAGAUCUUAAGGAUGGAUCCAACAAACGCAGUGGCCAACAACAACGCUGCCGUGUGUCUGCUCUACCUGGGCAAGCUCAAGGACUCCCUGCGGCAGCUGGAGGCCAUGGUCCAGCAGGACCCCAGGCACUACCUGCACGAGAGCGUGCUCUUCAACCUGACCACCAUGUACGAGCUGGAGUCCUCGCGGAGCAUGCAGAAGAAACAGGCCCUGCUGGAGGCUGUCGCCGGCAAGGAGGGGGACAGCUUUAACACGCAGUGCCUCAAGCUGGCCUAGCUGCCUCCAACACACUACGUCAGAAGGACCCGGGUCUUUGAAACUGUGUCAUGAAGCUAAUGUAUUAAUGUGACAUGGAGGAACUCAAUAAAACUCCUGCUUCA